GACCAUAUUCACAUUUAUUUUAUCUCCUCGUCGUAACCCGCUAGCCCUGUCUUGCACUCUGUGCUGGGUCUGGUUCCAUCUCUUACAAGCCAACGUCUCCAACCAAACGUACUCCGCGCAUGAAGAUGUGGUGAAUAAACCAUGUCGUCCUGUGCCAUCUGGGCGCAUUAGCGUCAGGGAUUGUCAUGCAUUGCGCUGGUGACUGAUGGUAUUCUGCUUGGGUAUUUCAUCUCUUUCCAGUGUCAACGCGCUGAUAUCUAGUGCGCUGUUAACUGUGGUCGAGAUCGUGCAUGACGAUUUGAGUUUGUGCAACGUAGGGGGUUACACAACUUUUGAGAUCGGUGCUACGUUGGUCCUGUUGGGGGAAUCCUACCUUGACGGAACGAGCAUAACAGCACUCACUUGUAGCGCGCUUGUCAUAUUUAUGACAAUUCAUGUGCAGGAUUUCGCAGACGCAAAUGGCCACCGCAUCGCCCGAACGAUCCGUGUAUAUAGGAUCUGCGUGCUCCCGCUACUUUCUCUUGCUCUCGCUUCUAUUUGGAGUUUGGCACCUCUCUGCAGCGUUUUCUUUGUGUCUAUAGAUUUUAGGGUCGGACUUCGGUGUUUUCUCCUCCGCAACAAAAUUCGUGACCAGUCAACGUAACUGCUGUAUAAUGUUGGUAUUCUGGUGAUAAAACAAGUACAAUCUGAGUCACUUGGAAGGAACUGAGAUGCUCGUGCGCUACAACUGGCGCUUUUAUAGUAAGUGACUUAUAGUAACUGACAUAUAUAAAAGAGAAACAUAAGUAAUUGCAGGACGCGAG